UCUUGCUUGAGGCCAUGGGGGGCUCCAAAGGGGAGGACAAGCCCGGCGAAUGCGAGGAAUGGAGCUACCAGUUUACAAACAAGGACACACUGAUUUUGAAGGCUCCAAAGAAGUCGCCCCUCGCACUGAGAAUGGUUGUUUUCUCCAUGACAAUGAUCUGUGGGGUGUUUAUUUGCUCAAUGUGUAUGCGGCAACUGGGAAGCGACAGCUGGUCAAGGAUAGUGAAGAUCCAAGUCGCGGAACAGCACUGCAAUAAGUCCUCGGUGCCUCCUUCUGAGGUUCACUUUGUGCAUUAUCCACAGCCACUGAAUUACAGCAGGAAAGAGUGCAUGUGUACUCCUGUCCGGUACUUUGCAAUUAUCUCAUCGCAGCGAUCUGGAAGUGGCUGGUUUGAGACUCUUCUAAACAGUCACAUCAAUGUUAGCUCUAAUGGAGAGAUCUUCUCGAAUAAAGAAAGGAGAAAUAACAUUUCAUCUAUAACAAAGACAAUGGAUAAGGUUUAUAAUCUUGAUUGGAAUAGUAGUGCUUCCAAGGAUGAGUGUACUGCUGCUGUUGGCUUCAAAUGGAUGCUUAAUCAGGGUCUUAUGGCAAAUCACGCGCAAAUAGUUGAUUACUUCAACCAAAGAGGAGUCUCUGCGAUAUUUCUGUUCAGAAGGAAUCUCCUCCGUCAGAUAGUAUCGCAACUAGCAAACAAUCAUGACAGAUACCUUAAGCAGUUGAAUGGGAAACAUAAGGCCCAUGUUCACACAAAAGAUGAGGCGAAUAUACUUGCAAAAUAUAAGCCCAGGCUCAACACAACAACACUGAUCGGGACACUGAAAAAGGCAAAUGACUACACUCGUAAUGCUCUUGAAAACCUAAAGAGCACCCGCCACAUCACAGUGUACUACGAGGAUCUUAUCCAAAACAGAACAAAGCUUGUUGAUGUCUUGGAUUUCCUUAAAGUGCCGACGAGGAAACUAGUCAGCCGGCACGUGAAGAUACACACGAAACCACUUUCUGAUCAAAUUGAAAACUGGGAUGAAGUCUAUAAUGCUCUGAAUGGUACCCAAUUUGAGAGUUUCUUGGAUGCUGACUACAGAAUAUGACAUUGUUCUGUCUGCACAUUUCUGGUGUAGAUAUUGUCUUUUGCGUGUUACUUUUCCUUUCUUUCUUAAAUAGCUAGCUUUGACAUGCCUGGCAAAAGUUUUGACAUGAGGAAUUGCGGGGUUUUCACGGCGGCUCACUAGUUCUUUGAUAGGUAGCACUAAUUCCGUUAUUUUUUUCCCAUCUUUUCUGUGUAACUGACUCUGAAGCUUCAGUUUCUUGCAUCAUAGCCUUGCAUAACUGCAUAAGAGAUCUUUACGAUUUCCACUUGCACAGAUGCAUGUCUACAGCAGGUACUGAGAACUGGUCAUAAGUACAGGGAUGU